AUGACAUUGAUAGAGCAGCUUUUAGAACUUCUACGGCAGGCUUCCAAAGAUGAGCAGCUGAAAAAAGGGGCCAAUGAAGCCACUAAGACGCUGAAUCGAGGACACGCAGAGUUCAUUGUUCUAACAGCAGAUGCCGUGCCAACUGAAAUUCUCUUGCACCUGCCCUUGUUAUGCCGGGAAAAAAGCGUACCGUAUAUUUUCGUACGAUCAAAACAAGCUUUGGAAAGAGCUUGUGGUGUGUCACGUCCUGUAAUUGCCUGCUCUGUCAUACAAAAGGAAGGGUCCCAGCUGCAGGGUUGCCAUAUUGUUCAUAUUGGCAUUUUUGAUGCCAGAUUCCACAAAUUUGAAAUUGAACUGGCAUACGAUAAUGAAGUGGGAUAUUUGGGUUUUUCCUAG